ACCCCACCAACCACCAACCACCAUUCCAAAAUGUCCUACACAGGCCACUGCAUUUGCAAAAACAUCCAAGUCUCGCUGGCACAGCAGCCGGCGAGUUCUCUGCGUUGUCAUUGUCGUAACUGCGCCCGCUCAGGAGGAGGAUCCUCAUUAAAUUACGUUCUUGACUCCGAUGAAGUAACUCUCUCUGACCCACACUCACUUUUAAAGAGCUUCGAUGAUACGGAUACCCUGAGCGGGAAUGUUGUUUUGCGCCAGUUUUGCAGCCAAUGCGGAAGUCCCUUCGCGACAAAAAGUCCCCAGUUUCCGGGUAAAACGCAUCUCAAGGCUUCGUUGUUUGAUGUUAUUGCCAGGCCGGAGAUGGAGGUGUUUACGGAUAGGAGGCAGGGGUGGGUGGGAGAGGUGGAGGGGGCGAGGCAGGGUUGA